GACCAGUGGAGGGAUUGGCAGAGAGGGGUGGAGGACACUGAGUGGAGACCAGUGGAGGGAUUGGCAGAGAGGGUGGAGGCCAGUGGAGGGAUUGGCAGAGAGGGGUGGAGGACACUGAAUGGAGGCCAGUGGAGGGAUUGGCAGAGAGGGGUGGAGGACACUGAGUGGAGGCCAGUGGAGGGAUUGGCAGAGAGGGGUGGAGGACACUGAGUGGAGGCCAGUGGAGGGAUUGGAAGAGAGGGGUGGCAGAUAUGGAAUGGUUAGUAAGGUUGAUGAGUCUGGCAGCAGCAUUCAUGAUAGACUGAAGAGGGGAUUGCCUGCAAUUAAGUCGGCCAAUGAGGAGGGAGUCACAAUAGUCCAGGAGAGAGAUAACCAGGGAGGGAAUACGUUGUUUAGUGGUUUCAGAAAUUAAGAACGAAUGUAUCUUGGAGAUAUUGUGGAGGUGAGGAGGAGAAAGAUAGAUUUGCCUGUCAUCAGCAUAGAGAUGGUACUUAAAACCGUGGGAGUUUA